AUGGCGACUAUUCGAGGGAAUAACUCGGUUGUCAGGCCAACAUAUCAUGUCAAGUUAGGGGUAUCUGUCUGCUUCCCUUUCACUGGAGUCACACAGAUUAACCCGAACACGAUUGCCCCUUCGCUACGUGCAGUCUUUUCGGUUCGCAUUGCCGAAAACAUGACCCGGGAACAGCUGGACAGAUUCGUCACUUGGAUUGAGGCCCUCCCGCCUGGGUUCGCCUUGGAACUCGACGGGAUCUACACCACAACCUCGACUCUCCUCAUAUUCCAGAGCGCAUAUGCGCUGUUCACGAAUCUUGCUGGGUAUCCCGGUGUCACCUUUAUCUCGGAUGUGAGAAGCCCGAGCCGCCGCAAAUAUUUCGGCCAAGAGCAGCGACAAGAAGCUCCUUCAUCUACUUUGAAGGAGAACGUCCCAUUCUGCAGACGCUCUAAGCCAUGA